AUGUCACAACAGGGCCAGCAGCCAGGUCCUUCGCGGCAAGCUAGCCACUCCGACAACGACGACAGCAGGGACGAUCAGCCUGGAAGCGGUCUCAAGAAGAAGCGCAUUCAACAAGCUUGUCGGCCCUGCAGCAUCAAGAGGGUCAAGUGCGACGGCUCCAACCCUUGCAACACCUGCACCAGGUCCGGCGAGGUCUGCGAGUAUGGACAGCCCAAGAAGAGGGGUCCGCCCAAAGGCUCCACUCGAGGCGGCAGCAAAGCAGCAAAGCGCAAGACAGACGCGCGCGAAUCUACGGCUCGAAGAGGUGUCUACGACCAAGCGGCAGCCUUGCCGAUCCAGUCUACCCGCGACUAUGCGUCCAGUGCAGCCGCAGCCAGAGACACAAACGCUACCUCCGUCCCUCUUUCACGUCCACGCCUAUCGCCGCCUCCCGCGCUCAACGAAUCGAAUCGACACCUCCCGUCUGCGCAGAUCGACUUUGCUUCUUCUUCUUCCGCCUCCCGAUACCCACCAACUGCCAACGCGUACGCGCAGUCAUACUCGGGCAUCCAAUCGUAUCACGCUGGCCCAGGGCCUAUUCCUACUUACCGCAGCGAUGCUCAUGUCGAUCCAUACCCUUACUCUGCGCACGCCUCCCCAGAAUCGAGCUUUCGCACAGCCAGCCAUCGCACCGCAGGGUCUAUUCAUGACGGCAGCGUCGGCAGUCCCAACGACAACGCUAGUCCCGGCUACUAUCCGCCCCACUCGUACCCGUCUCGAUACGAUCCCGCUUCAGCAUCUCUGCCUCCACACAGGCAGCGCACCGAGACGCUCUAUCGCGGCAGCAGCAGCGGUCUAGGCUUCAUUCGUCCACCUUCUGGUUCCACCGAUCGCAGAUUGCCGCCCCUUGACUUUAAAGCAUCCCGCACGUCCAGUCGAUCCUCCACGUCUCCAAACAACUACGGUCGUCUGCCUACCACUUCAGACCCGUACCAGUCAUCUCUUUCGGCUCGUCCGGGCGCCAAUCGUCCUCCAUUUAACGAUACUGGGUCGUAUACGCGUCCAUCGCAGAACACCUCUUCGGCAGCGUUUUCAGGCAACGCAGCGAAUCCUCCGAGCGGAGCCGCCGCAGCGUCCAGCACGUACGACCCUAGCGGGCCAGCUUCAGAUGCUUCGCGCUACGGCAGCGGUCCCAUGCAGCGCAACACUACUGCCAACUCACAGAUGCCAGGCCCAACGGGCUGGGCGAGCUCAAUUCCUCCGCAGAUCAAUCCGACCCAAGAGGCAGCUGAAGCCGAUCAAGCUGCCAUGGGAAGACCAGCCGGCAUUCGGCAGUCCCACACCGGCGAGGGUAACCAGCUUUUGGUAGGAGGGACGCUUCGGCAACUCCAACGCGACCGCAAUCGCGAUCGCGAUCGCGCUAGCAGGCAAGACAAAGCGGCGAACGUCGACUCAUACGACGCACCCGAAGACAUUGAUCUCGAACCUCUUCUCUGGGUCGAGCCAGGAGAUGAGAGCAGGCACGGCGUCAAUCGCUCCGGAGUCACCCUGACUAAGCCCGAGAUCCCCCCUCUCAUUCAGGAACGUCUCUUCACGAUCUUUUGGGGCAUCGUCGAAACCAUAUGGCCUGCCCUUUACAAGCCCGCACUGUGCCUCACUGGCUACAAUGUGAUUGACCCAGAGAAGCAUCCCAUGCUGCACAAUGCCGCCUGCGCACUUGCGGCUGUCGCAUGGGACUCGGGCGAGUUCGCCGUCUCGGAAGGGGACACGGAAGCCACUCAAUCCGACUUGGUCGAACGCACAGUCUCGGACCUCAGCUUUAGUCAAGGACCCGGUCAGCUUGGCGACGGCACCAGCCUCCGCCGAUUCAGUGCCAUGGACCUCGGCGACAUCUUCCUUGCCAGGGCCAAGUACUAUCUCGUCAAGACCAACAACGAGCCUAGUCUCGAGACGAUCCAAUCGCUUCUCUUCAUGGCUCUCCGAGAGGGUGGCAACGGUCGAGCCAGCCAAGCCUCUGCUUACAUCUCGACUGCUUCCCGCAUGUGCAUCGAUCUCGGUCUGCAUCGACAGCGCGAUUUUUCUUCCGUGCUCGGCUUGCAGUUCUCGCAUGGAGAAGAGCAGGCAAGGCGGAGGAUCUUUUGGUGCUUGUACCUGCUCGACAAGACUUCGUCGGCGUCCCUAGGUCGGCCGGUGACACUGCGGUAUGCGGAGAUCGACUGCCCGCUCCCCAACAUCGACGACAUCGAUGAACACGAGACGUGGGCAGAAACGACCAACAACAGCUCGCUCAUCAAGGACCCGGCUCGUGCCAUCCUGCUCAAGACUCCCGUCGCUGCCAUGACUCAUUUGCGAAUCGGUGUCCGGCUUGGACGCAUCUGCGAGGAGGUCAUCGCCAACUACACGCAUGUGCAUCGCAGCGGCGACGAGGAUCGCGAUGGCUCUAUCUACGACCAUGAUGGCAAAGCGGACGACGGUGAGGUACCCGGUUGGGAGACGCGUCUCAUCCGUUUGCAUCAAAAGCUGGAAGCUUGGGAGCGUGACCUGCCUGACCGUCUCCGCUUCGACAAUCCGGCCCAUCGCUUGCCCAACACGCUCAAUCAGCACCUCUGGUUCCAGGCUUGCAAAGUGAUGCUGCAUCGUCCCUACAUUCUCAAGCAAUCCUCUCGUCCCGACCUGCCUCCCUCGCACCGCAUUUGCACUGAUGCAGUUGGCAGCAUCUGCGACAUCCUCACCGCCUAUGACCACAACUUUGGCAUGCGCAAGCUGUCCUCCACCGUGACCUACUGCAUCUUCACCGCAUCGACCAUCGAGAUCGCCAACACGACCUCGACGGAUCCCGUCAUUGCGCUCGAGGCAAAGAGGAGGCUGCGCAAAUUUAUGACGUGGCUGUCGAGGAUGAGUGGCUCGUGGCAGAGCGCGAGCCACCAUCUCAAGAUCUUGGAGCAGCUUGGACACCUCAAUGAUGCCGACUUGGACGGUACGGGUCUGCCGAGCCACCGAGAACCCAGUGCGCCGGGCAGCUUGGUGGCGAGCAGAGCGGACAGUCCGUCAGCCGCUGCGAACCCGGGAGCCGCAGCGGCGUCCGUUGCGUCGUCAAAGAGCUCCGGUGUCGAUGUUGGGUCGUCGUCACUUUCGUUUGCAGGCGACAACAAUCAGGGCUUGCUGGGCAGUGGUGGUAUCGGACAAGGUCUUGCACACAAUCACCAGCAGCCAGCUCACACUACGGGAGGCGAUUUUGCUUCCGCCUUGGGCCCUAGCGUCCCGGCGCUGCAGCCAUCGGGGAUGUCGGUCGCAGGAAACGACAUGGCCAGUUUCUCGGUCCCGGGUCCGAUCGGGGCGCCCAUGCACCUCGAUCGUUCUCGCACCAGCUUUCAGCUUGACUCGACGCUGCAAGACGACUUGUACGCUCAGUUCCAGGCGCAAGGGCAGAAUCCAGGCUUGCUCUACGGCUGGCCAGCUACUGCGCGCGUAGCUACACCGAAUCCGAACGCGGCUGCUGUCUUUGACAACGCUCUCGUUGCCGCUACUGCUGCGAAUGCGACUCCACAGCCUCUCGCCGGUCGACCGAUGUCGCUCAAUGCUGCUGUUCCGAGUGUCUCGAACAAUUCAGUCCAAAUGGCAGGAAGCGCUGUCAACCCAAACGCCUACCUCAAGCUCCACGACACCUCGUACUGGGGAGCGAUGCCGCUUGCGUCGGAGGACGCGCUUGGCUGGGCCAACUUUACCAACUCGUACCUGGAGGCGCUCAACGGGAUGGCGAAUCCUCUUGCAGUGCCUGCCAGCGCCGAUGUGAAUCUCGACAUCACUGCCGCGGCGACCAAUACACGCUGA